CGCAGGUUAAACCGCCUUGAAGCCGGAAUGAUUGGUGGGGAACAAGCCAGUAACCCUGAAAUCCGGGCACGGCAAUGGAGACGGAGAAAGUACGCAGAGGACCGUAGACGCCGUCUAGAAGAAGCAAACACUGCUCUAGAAGAUGACGGAAUAAUAGUCGGUAUUUAUGAAACCAUUCAGGAUGAACUUUUCCACAAGGACAAGCUGUUGCAGCGUGAAAAGCAAAAGAAUGCCUCACUCAAAAUGGAGCUCAGCGAUAUUCAGUCCGAAUUCGAACAGGAUCGCAGUGAUUAUUUAGACACUAUACGCCGGCAACAGCGACAGAUAGAUCUACUGAAAACGAUCAUCGAUCGGAUUCAGCCCUGUAUACGAAGGGACAGCAAUUACUACAAUUUGGACAAAAUAAAACGACUGGCGAAGUUCGAUGAAGAAAAAAACGAAUGGGUCCUUCCUCAGAUGUCCGUCGAGCGGACACAACUCCCCGCAACCAUCAUGGAUGCUUCUAACCAUUCUCGACAGACCCCAUCAGCCCCCAACACCAAAGAAAGCAGAGUUCUAUCUAGCACAGCCAAACACUCUUCAUUUUCCCGGGAUUUCGAAACAGAAAAGGAAGAAGAGGCACGUUACUAUGCAAAGCUCGCUACCAGAACAGAAUCGACGUCGAACUACUUCACCAGUCGCAGAGUCAGUCAACUGUUGAUUGAUGCAGCUGCACUCAACUCAGGCCACAGUUGGUCUAACGGCACCAACGACUCGGCUGUGUAUCCACCACUCCGCGCAUCUGAAUCCAACACCAUGUUGCAUCAAGUUAACAACGGUGGUUUGAUCGCUGGUCCAGAAGAGCGUCACAGUAAUGUGAAGUGCCAGAGGAAACGAGAAACAAAGACAGAGAAUGGACACAGUCCUGUCAGUUCUCCGACGUACCGUGGAACAAACUGAACCCCAGUAAAGCCAACCAGUACAGAUACGGCAUGCCGUGAAUACUCAAUAUAACGUCUCAGAAAUCCGACCAUGAUUCCUUGAUCCCACACAAAUGUACAUUCUUGUGGUCCUGAAAUUUCCUGUCUCAUCACAUCAGUCCUGAUGGGGUGUGCGAAAGG